CUAGAUGGAGAUUAACCAAUGCCCACCAACUUCAGAAGCAGCGACAAAUGUACCAAGCCAACAUGGGCGUGAGCGGUGUCAUGAGCACUGCCCAAAUCUAGGUCAAGCACGCUUGUACAAAAUGCACCUUUGCAAUUACGGCGUGAACCAAGUGAAUGGAGAGCUCCUUUACAAUAGUGAGAUGUCCCACUUCAUACUCCCUAACCCGGUCCCAAGUGAAUGGAAAGCACCAUUGAAACAACGGGAGAUCCCGACCAAUCCUCUAACCCUUCUGAAAGCUUUCUCGUCUUGCAACCGGGGCCUGACAGCCGUCAGCCGUCAACAGUAAUUGAAACGUGAAAUAAUUGGUAGCGCAUGCGACUUUUGUGUUGAUGUAUAGAUUUUCCAGAGUCCACUCUUGGUGAUGGGCUGAUCGGGGGCUGGAGAGGGC